AUGUUUCAGACACAUUACAUAUUAGUUCCUUUGAUUUACUGGUUACGCUUCGAAUUACAGGUUUAAUGGUUUACCAUUUAUAAAUUUAUAAUUUACAGUUUACAAUUUGACUGUACUAACAUUAACCCUAACUCAUAUAAUCAUUAAUUAUUAAUUAAUAUCAAUUUAUUAACUUAUAAUGGACUACCCUAAGGGUCUAGAUCCAUAUACGGCCAGACAACAUCUAUUACAUCAUACUUAUUCUCCAUUAAUAUCAAUUCAAUCAUCACUUAAUUCCGAUAUAUUAUUUCAAUCAAUUUUAAAUAAUAAUGAUAUUUCAACUUUACAAAUCUUUAAACCUUAUGGUAAUAAUGCAAGAUAUAGUAUACCGAAUCAACUGUUUAAGAUUACCAAUAGUCAAUUAAUUACAAAAUCUUAUCCUAGUUUCCCUGUCCGAUUUGAACCUUCAUUACCUGAAUUAUUAUCGGUAUAUAAUACAAGUUCAAGUUCAAUAUCUCAAUCUAAUUCUUCAACUACUACCACUACCAGCACCAGCACAACCACCAAUAUUAAUAAUUCAACAACUCCAUCAGGUGGUCAACCAUUAAAUCAAUUAUUUAGUAUAAGUUCUUUAGAAGUCUUAUUAAAACAUUUAUCCCUUACAUCUCAUGAUAAAGAAUUAUAUCUUGCAUUUUAUAAUAAAAUUAUUACAUCAAAUAAAAUAGUACCAUUUGAAACUUUUAAUCAUCCAAUUGCUCAAAUAUUUAUAGUGGAUUUUGAAAAUGAUUCAAUUGAAAGUCUUCGAAAAAUGAUUGUAGAAUUUCGAAAUUUUUCAUUUCCAAAAUUCUUUCAAAUUGAUGAUUUACUUAUUCAUACUUUUAUAUUAUAUGAUUCAAAUAAAUUUCUGACUAAUGAUUUAUUUAAUUUUCAAAAUCAAAUUAGAUCAACUUUAAAUAUAAAUUCUUCAAUAAUUCCAAUAAUUCAACCUUUAUCAAAUGAUUCAUUGGUUAAAUUAUCAAUAAUUGAAAAUUCAACUAUUGAGGAAGAUCUUCAAAGAAUUGCCUUACAAGAACAAUCAUCAAAUUCAAUUCCUUCAACUAAUUAUAUUCAAAUUCCUAAAUCUAUUGAUUCAAUAAUUCGAAAUAAAUUAUUUGAAUUUAUAAAUAAAUAUUUAAUACCUCAUAUGCAAACAAAGAUUAGAUUAUGGGAUGAUCAAAGAUUACAACCAAAGAAAUCAAUUACUGGAAGAAUCUUUUCUGUAUCAAGAAAAUUAUUUAAUAACAAUAAUAAUAGUAACAAUAAUAAUAAUAAUAACAGUGAUUCAAACUUAAAUAAUUCAUCAAACUCUAAUAUAAAUUCAGGAUCUUUUAAUUAUAAUGAACAUUAUUAUCAUAAAUCAAGUUCUGAACAAAUCAUUAGGAAAUUAGCUGAUUGGUCAUUAAUUUUAAAAGAUUUUAAAUAUGCUUAUUCAACUUAUGAUUUAAUUAAAAAGGAUUAUACAAAUGAUCGAGCAUGGGUUUAUGUUGCAUCAAUUCAAGAAAUGUGUAUUGUAUCAUUAUUACUUGCCCAAACUCAAGAAGGUAAUAUUAAUACAAUUGAUAAAAAUACUUUAAGAAGAAUUCGUCAUGAUAUAAUUGAACCAUAUAUUGAUAAUUUAUCUUAUACAUUUAAAUCUCGAUUAAAUAUUAAAACUUAUAGUUUAAGAACUAUAAUAAUUAUAAUUGAAUUAUUAUUAUGUAUAUCAACAGCAUUUAAUGUAUCAUGGUUUUUUAAUGAUUUAGUGGAAAGAUAUUUACGGAAAUUAAUUGAUGAAUUUGAUAAUCAUUUAUCAUCUUCAACACCUCAAGCAAUUCGGGCAGUACUUUUUGAAAGAUUAGGUUAUACAUUAGGUAAAUGUACUUAUAUUAGUGAAGUCAAUCUUCAUUAUUUAAAUAUAGAUAAAUUUAAUCAAGAAAAAUUACCAAAAUCAGAAAAGGAUGAACCAGAAAAUGAAGAAGGUUAUUAUCAUAAUCCUUAUAAAUUGAAUCCUACUACCAGUACUUCAGUUACAGGAUUAACACGAUUUAGAAAAUCAUCUAUUUGGUAUUUACUAUCUAUUAAACAAUGGAUUGAUUUAAAACGAAUUAAACAAAUUCAAUAUUUACUUGGGAAUAUUCGAUUAAUUUAUAAUAUUGAUAGUCUUGAUAAUAUUAAUAAUAUUAAUAAUAUUAAUUGGUAUGAUAGAAAUGAUUUAUUAUUAGGAUUUGUUAAGAGAUAUAUUAAUGAGUAUGAAACCACCACUACAUCCACUGCUUAACUGGUUUAUUUGAUUAUUAUUGAUUAUUGAUUAUUGAU